CGCUAGAGGGCCGCCUCCUCAACCGGAGUGACCAGCACCAGGGAAUCGAACCUGGAGGAGGCCAGCGGCCGCCGCUGCAGCGAUCACUACUAGGGAUGGGUAGGAAGAUGGAAUACAACAUCUGGGGAGAGAUUGUGACGACCUGGAUGAGGAAGAACGACAGAAUCGCCGAGAUUUAGGGUGUCAGUUCAUUAUGGGUGGCAACACCGGAGGGGACUCGGCGUCCUCACGGAAGAAGUGGAAGAACAUGGUGCACCUAGCCGAGGUGCAAAGGCCACCGCUACCCAAACGGAAGAAGAAGGAGCCUUUAAUUUUCACAGAUGAAGAUUGCCCGCAAGUUCUUAGCCCCCAUUGGGACGCGCUGGUGAUAAAGGUGGAAAUCAAUAAUGUGGUCGUCCAUCGCACGUUGGUCGAUACUAGCAGCUCGGUAAACAUCAUGUACAUCAACACCUUCAAGGAGCUGGGGUUGUCACGGGGCGACCUUAAGCCAAUCCGUACCCCGCUGUCGGGAUUCACAGGGGACACCAUAGAAGCAGAAGGAACCAUCACGGUGAAGGCUGGGUUCAAGGUCUCAAACAAUGAGGCUGAGUACGAGGCGCUUCUCUACGGUUUGAGGCUGGCAGCAUCAUUGAAAGCUGAGCGGAUCCAGGGCAGGUGUGAUUCCAAAUUGAUAGUGGGCCAUGUCACCGGAGAAUUUGAAGCAAAGGAUGAGCGGAUGAAGAAGUAUAGGGACACCGCAUUGGAGCUGCUUAAGGCAUUUGAGGCAUACCGAAUAGAGCAGGUCCCUCGAGAAGAAAAUGCUGAGGCGGACAUUUUGUCAAAGCUCGGUCCUGAUUCCCCAGAUCAUAUCAAGGCGAUGACUCAGGAAGAAGAACUGCUUGAACCAAGCAUCAGUCUCGGACAAGUUCUGGUCAUUACCCUCAGUGUGCCGGACUGGAUUGACGAAUUAACCAUGUAUAUCCUUGACGAGUCGCUACCAACAGAUCCGGUCGCAGCCCAAUUCGUUAAGCGACGUGCACCUAGCUACACGCUGGAGUGCGGUCGGUUGUAUAAGCGAUCGUACAAUGAGCAGGGACAAAUUCUGGUGAAAGAAUGGGUGUGUCGAGCUGAGAGGAAGGACACCUAUAUGGGAAACUUGGAGGAAUGGCCAGGGAGCUGGGUAAGGGUGAUGGUUUCAGUUGGGUACAUGGGUGGACUGAGGCGGGUGGAAGGGCUUAGGGUGGGGUAGGUCCAUAUCCAGCCUUGAAUUUCCCAAUGGAUUGUGUUUAUCAUUCUCGAGGAUGAGCUGGGAGUGGAGUCGUAGAUUGCUUCAUUUAUUCCUUUCCAAAGAGUCCAUACAAUAAUACCUGGGAUUAUGCUAAGAAGAUGAGCUAUGAAGCUUUUCCCUUUUGCUUUGAUAAACCACUGCAAAAGUGUAGGAAGCAGUGAUCUGGCAAGUCAUCAUUCCUCUUGCACAAAUGGCAAAAGGAUGGAAGUUGAACUGAGAUUUUUUUCAAGUUGUGUGAAAGGGGGAGAGCGUCGGAGUGAAGCUUCCAGAGGAAGAUGCUGAUUUUGGGGAUCUGCAGUUUAUGCCAAAUCAAUUUGCUGGAGAGGG